UGUAGGCCUCAAGGAGGGGCCGACCGCUGGGAACGUGGAGGGAGCGUAGCUGGCGCGGUGCUGUGGGGACCUCGCCGUUGCCCCUGGAGCCUAAUGACAGCGCCGCCAUCUCCCGCUGACCCUCUCGUGGCUGAUCUCCUGAGCACCUGCCCACCGCGGCUCCCUGCCCGCGCUGCCGACGCCUGAGACACGCGUGCCUGUGCCGCAGCCCUGCCCAGCCUGCACCACCUCGCCCCGCGCCCGGGGCCCGCUGCAAGGCAGGACAUGGACUCCAUGUUCGAGGACGACAUCAGCAUCCUGACGCAGGAGGCGCUGGGGCCGGACGAGGACUGGCUCGACAGCCCCAACACCGACCUCUCGGGUGAGAUGUGCUCAGCCUCCCACUUUGCCCUCAUCACCGCCUACGACGACAUCAAGAACAGGCUGACGGGGCUGGAGAGGGAGAACUCCACACUCAAGCGUCGGCUCAAGAUGUACGAGGUCAAGUACCCGCUGAUCGGCGAGUUCGGGGAGGAGCACAUCUUCUCCCUCUACGAGGCCAAGGAGACGUCGCUGCUCAAGAGCGAGAAGGCGUCGCUGCAGCAGCAGCUCAACCAGUUCCAGCACGAGCUGCAGAAGAGCAAAGAGCGGGAGGAGCAGCUGGAGGAGAUGAUCCAAGCCUACGAGAAGCUGUGCGUGGAGAAGGCUGACCUGGAGACCGAGCUGGGAGAGAUGCGGGCGCUGGUGGAGACGCACCUGAGCCGCAUCCGGAACCUGGAGCAGCAGCUGCGGCAGCGCGAUGGCAGCACCUUCCCCGGGCUGGGCACCCCGCUACCGGGCCAGGAGGUGCCUUUCCUCGCCCUGCACCCCAACCCCAGCCUGACCCAUGUGCUGGAGCGUGCCGGGGGCUGGCAGAGCCGGGGGCUGGAGGCGGCGGGGCGGCUGGAGGCCGAGCUGGAGGCGGCACGGCAGGAGACCCAGCGUGCCCAGCACCGCGAGGAGCAUCUCAAGGCCGAGUGCGAGCGGCUGCAGGCGGAGCUGAAGCACCUGCAGGACGCCCGGGAGCAGGACCAGUCGGAGCGGGACAUGGCCUGGGUGAAGAAGGUGGGCGACGACCAAGUGAACCUGGCGCUGGCCUACACGGAGCUGACGGAGGAGCUGUGCCGCUUGAGGAACCUCAGCUCCCUGCAGAGCCAGAUCCUCCGCGCCCUGCUGCAGGAGAAGAGCCUCAACGGUGCCCAGCGCCACUCCCCGCUGUCCCAGUGCCAUUCGCCAGCCCAGCAGCGUCGCUCGCCCGCCCCGCAGUGCCCCUCGCCCGCUCCGCCGGGGCGUUCGCCAGCACCCCAGUGCCAAUCGCCAGCACUGCAACGGCGCUCGCCAGGACCCCCCAGCCAGUCGCCGGCCCAGCAGCGCCGCUCGCCAGCCCCCGGCCCCUGCCAGUCCCCUGCCCAGCAGCGCCGGUCCCCGGUGCCCCCCUCCAACCAGUCGCCCGCCCAGCAGCGCCGAUCUCCGGCCCCACCGCCCUGCCCGUCCCCGGCUUUGGCAUCACCGCACCGGCUGCCUGGCGAGAGGAUGGAGCUGGGCUACGCCAAACCCUCCAGCCGCCACAUCAAAGCCGGCUUCCAGGGCCGCCGCAGCUACUCGGAGGUGAGCAACGUGGCCCUGUACCAGCAGAGCCGCUCGCUCUGGCUCCAGCCCGAAGCCUCGACGCUCCCCAAGCACCGACCCUAUGGCGAGGUGUACCUGGGGGGCGCGGGGGCCCCCCUGAGCACCCGCGAGCCCUUCGAGGAACACGUGCGUUUCGAGAAGCAAUCGUCGGAUGAAGAGGAGUGGGCGCUCCCCAGCCCCCCCAGCCCCGAGGCGGGGGCCAUCCGCUGCGCCUCCUUCUGCGCCGGCUUCCCCAGCCCCGACGCCGACGCCGCGCACCGGACGGCCGCUGCCUACGCCCGGGCAGAGCACGCUCAGUCCUGGCCCUCAAUCAAUCUGCUGCUGGAGACGGUGGACUCGGAGGUGCGGAGCUGCCCGCUCUGCCAGCUGGCCUUCCCCAUCGGCUACCCGGACGAUGCCCUGGUGAAACACAUCGACUCGCACCUGGAGAACAGCAAGAUCUGAGCCUCCCCGCCCUCCCCGGUCUUUGGAUGCUGCAUGAAAACACACGAGGAGCAACACGGCUCCCGAAAUACCUCCAAGUCUUCAGUAGCUAUGGAAAGACUGAGCACCCCCCACCCCGGAGCCCCCGGCCCACCCUAAGUGGGUUCCUCCGCUCCCGCCUCGCACCGUCCCUGCACCACGCUGGGUUCGGGCGCUCGAAUCGGGGCACCAGGAUGACGCCGGCCCGGGUGGGUGCUGGAGGGGACCCGACUGUGCCCUUGGGUGUCACCCGCACCCUUGGGUGUCGCUGCUUGAUCUCAGGGAGGA